CCCCCGAGUCUGCACGCUGGAGAGUGGAGAGACGAGCAACGUGGAUUGCAACAAAAUUAAGAUUUAUUUCACGAUUUGAGUCUCGGGGAGAUUAUAUCUCAACAAAUGUAUUAGUUCGGUUCCUCAACGCAGCUAAAAGAUGGGGAAGCCACCAAAGAAAAGGAACCUUUCUGACAAGGUCCGCAAAUCCAAGACGUCUGCUGAAAUUAAAAACAACCCCUUUGAGGUGAAAAUCAACCGAAAGAAGUUCGACAUUCUUGGGAGAAAAUCCAAGCACGAUGUGGGCCUGCCAGGAGUUUCUCGCUCCAAAGCCAUCAAUAAGAGAAAGGAGACCCUCCUGAAGGAAUACAAACAAAAGAACAAGUCGAGCAAGUUCAUUGACAAACGUUUGGGGGAAUAUGACUCCAAGAUGGAUCCAGAAGAAAAAAUCCUGCAGCGGUUCACCGUGGAGAGACAGCGUGUCCAUGAAAAGAAGGACCUGUACAACCUGAAUGAGGAUGAAGAGCUGACUCAUUUUGGCCAGUCGCUGGCUGAAAUGGAGAAAUUCAACGAUGCUGUGAACAGCGACGAUGAAGCAGAAGAGAGGGGACUCUUAUCAGCUGAGUUGACUGCCUCCCACUUCGGAGGAGGAGGAGGCCUCCUGAGGAGGAAAACCUCAGGCGAGCAGGAGGAAGGAGGCCUGAGAGCCAGAUCCAGGCAGGAGCUCAUCGAGGAACUCAUUCAGAAGUCCAAGCAGGAAAAGAGGGAGCGCCAGGUCCAGAAGGAGGAGUCCCAGGAGCUGACGGAGAAGCUGGAUCAGGACUGGAAGAGCAUUCAAGCUCUGAUGGUGAAAAAAACACCCAGAGCUGAACAAGUCGACAAACCAGAGGAGAAACCCAAACUAGAGGAAUACGACAUGAUGGUGCGAGAGCUGGGCUUUGAGAUGAAGGCUCAGCCGUCUGAGAAGAUGAAGACGCCUGAGGAGCUGGCCAGGGAGGAGCAGGAGAGGCUGCAGAGGCUGGAGGCCGACCGUCUGAGGAGGAUGUUAGGAGAUGAAGGCGCCGACGCCCCACGGAGUCAGGCCUACGCGUCUGCCGACGACCUCAACGACGGCUUCAUCCUGGACAAAGACGACGAGAAGACGCUAGCUUAUCAGGAUGGGAAAUGGAACAUCGGAGAAGAGUCCGAGGGAGACGAGGAUGAAAAUGGAGAAGAGGGGGAGAGUGGUGAUGAAGAGGAGGAAGAUGACAGUGGAGAUGAUGAUGAUGAUGAUGGAGAGGAGGAGGGAGACGAAGAAGCGGAGGAGGAUGCCAGCAGUGGGGAAGAAGACGGCCACUCGGACCUGGACUCUGAGCGAGACAGUGAGGAUGAGGAGAGAACGGUAGACGAAGAGGACGGUACCAAAGCAGAGCCGGGCCUCACCAAAGAGGAGCUGAAGCUCCAGCAGGAGGCGGCCAAAGCCGAGCUGCCGUACACCUUUACCGCCCCCGAGAGCUACGGCGAUCUGAAGGAGUUGCUCCGCGGUCACACCCCCGACAACCAGCGGCUCGUCGUGGCCAGAACUCAGAAGAGCAACCAUCCCAGUCUGGCUGUCGGCAACAAGCUCAAGCUGCAGAAACUGUUUGGCUUCCUGUUGGAGUACAUGGGAGAGAUCUCCACCAGGAGCCCCCCACAACUCACCACCGUGGACAAGCUCAUACCGGAGUUGUACGGUCUUUGCCAGAUGUUUCCUCAAGCAGCCUGCCAGGAAAUGCAGCGCGUCCUCGGAGAUGCCGCUCACGGCAUGGAGGAGGAGCUGGAGCUCAAAGGAUGUGCUGCUUUCCCCACACUGGACAUGAUCAUUUACCUGAAGGUGACGCAGGUGCUGUUUCCCACCUCCGACUUCAGACACCCAGUUACCACUCCGGCGCUGCUGUACAUCAGCCAGGCUCUCUGCAAGUGUCCGGUGCGGUCGCUUCAGGACCUCACGUCGGGUCUGGUGCUCUGCUCUCUGGCAGUGGAGUACGUCUCGCUGUCCAAACGCUUCAUUCCUGAGCUCAUCAACUUCCUGACGGGGACGCUGUACUUAGCAGUGAAGGACAAGUCUUCUCCAGGUCACGCGGCGGUGCCUCCGUUCAGGCCGACGGGGAAACACAGCGACCUGCUGGUGCUGACGGAUCCAGAGUCCUGCGAGAGCUGGAGCGAGAAAAGCACACCACUGGCUGCUACGCAGCAGCUGGAGCUCAGCAGUGACCUGGACAGAGAUCAGCACAGGUUCGGGGAGGGCUACAGGUUGCAGUUCCGCCGCUGGCCUCCACCACCCUCCGGGGUCAGGGAAACCUCAGUCAGAGACCCCGGGAGGGCCCUGUGUUUGUCUCAAGAGAUAGCCAAACUCUUUGACAAAAAAGCCAUCACAAGAGUUCACCCACGCACACAGAGCAGUGGGUUUUACUCAACAUACUUCCUCAUUCCGAAGAAAGACACUUCUCUUCGGCCUGUACUGGACCUUCGGGGUCUGAACCAGUACCAGUGGUUCAACUCCAUAGACCUCAAGGAUGCCUACUUUCACGUUCCAAUACACCCAGACCACAGACAGUUUCUCCAUUUUGCCUUUCAAGGCCACGCCUACCAGUUCGCCGUCCUGCCUUUCGGCCUGUCCCAGGCUCCUCGCAUCUUCACCAGAUGCAUGAGGGGCGGCCUUGGCAUCGCUAUGCCUGUCGAGGGUGAAGAUUAUCCCAUAUCUGGACGACUGGCUUAUAUGCGCCCCCUCAUUCCAGGAGAUGGAGCUGACGACAUCCAGGGUCUUUGCACAUAUCGAGGCUCUGGGCAUGUUGGUGAAUUGGGAGAAGAGCUUGUUGCGUCCUACACAGCGGACCACCUUCAUCGGCCUGUCCCUCGAUUCUUUAUCGAUGCAGGCACGCCUUACUGCAGAGCGGGCGGAGCGGAUUCAAGGCCUGCUACGGUCUUUCCGCCUCUGGAUGAGGUUGCCCGUCCACACAUGGCUCCGACUGCUGGGGAUGCUGUCGGCGGCCUCGGCUGUGACACCUCUGGGGCUGUUGCACCUGCGCCCCCUGCAGAUGUGGUUCAACAGCCUCCAGAUGGACCCUCGCCUUCACAGGGUGAGAUUAUCAGGUCACAGGGUCCUCCUGGUGGCGCCCAAGUGGCCCUCGAGGAUUUGGUUCUCCACGCUCCUCAGCCUGUUGGACGGGGAGCCUUGGCAGCUCCCAGUACGGUCGGACCUCCUGUCCCAGCUGGACUGGGAGGUGUUGCAUCCCUCUCCGAGCCUCCUUCAACUCUGGGCCUGGCCGUUGAGGGGGGAGGGUCAUUCUUGACAGACCUUGAGCCCUCAGUUUGGACCUGGGGUUUUGACCCGGUCUCCUGCCCAUUGCAAGUUGUACUGCGCUACCUGCAGUAUUUGUUUGAUGCUUGCCGGGCGGCCUCGACCUUGAAGGUGCACGUAGCGGUUAUUUCUGUCCACCAUGGCCACAUCGAUGGUAGGCCAGUCGGUGCGCAUUACUGGGUGGCACAGUUUCUGUGGGGUGCCAGGAGACUGCGCCCCCCCAGAUUGCAGCGGGCAGCGGCAUGGGACCUGCCGCUGGUCCUGCAGGCCUUGGGUGUAGCGCCCUUUGAGCCUAUGGCAGGGGGGUCCUUGGGAACCACGUCAUGGAAGACCGCCUUUCUGCUGGCUAUUACGUCGGUCAAGCGUGUGAGUGAGCUCCACGCCCUUUCGUCCCGGCUGGAGGAGCGGGCUAAUUUGCUGUGCCCAGUUCGGGCGUUGUGGCUGUACCUUCAGGCGACACAGAGCUUUCGACGCUCUGAGCAGUUGUUUGUGUGCUACAGGGGGGCGCACAAGGGCCGUGCCCUGUCGAAGCAACGGCUUUCCCACUGGAUUGUUGACACAAUCAAACAGGCUUAUGACGUGGCAGGUAGACCUGCCCCUUCAGGCGUUGUCUGUCAUUCCACCACUUCCUGGGCGGCGAUGAAAGGGGUAGCAUUGUCGGAGAUCUUUGCAGCGGCAUCCUGGACGGGGCCUUGCACCUUCUCCAGGUUCUAUCGCCUUAACGCGGCCUCUGGGCCCACGCUGGCAUUGGCCGUUCUGCCUUUGGCUUCUGCGGCUGACCACUAG